ACAAAAACUGGUUUUAAACAAGUUUGCGGGAUCGGCAAAAACACUGAAUGAGAACACUCAUGAUGCCAUUACUAUUACACAUGCUGCUGUUAAAUGUCUUUUAUUUUCUGGUAUUUACUAUUACGGUAUUACGGUAUUAUGGUAUUUAUG